AUGGGACCUCAACCCGAUCUUAGUUCCAGUCAAAAUGCCAACGCACCAUUCGAUGAAUCAGCCACCUCGUCUCCGGGCUUCCAAAGCCCGGCCGACACUCCCUCCCAGGAAAAGCCCAAUGCUUUAGACCGACCCGAGGACAUCCUGCCCAGAGACCGCCAGCAGAAGACCGCCACUUAUGACUAUGCUUAUGAGAAGUCCUUGAGUCACGCCGAGGCGAGACUCUUCUAUCAGCACCACCAGCUGGCUGCUCGUAAUACCGACACCGUCCCUCCGAGUCCAGUAGUACCUGCUCGUCCCGAGACCCAGCCUGAGGAACCUCCCACCGAUCACGCAGAUUCGAUGAAUACCUCCCACGGAGUCUCCGGCGAAGGAUCCACCCCCCAGCCGCAGGCGUCGCACUACCUAGAGGAGGAUGAAGAGGCGGCAAACGGCUCCGUCCAAAACCAGGCGGCGCUCCUGAGUGCCGUUCACGGGCAGGGACCAUACCAAGCGGCUUCGGAGGGACUGCAAAGCACCGGGUUGGGGAUCGGACAGGCCCAGGUUGCGAGUGGCUUCACAUCGAGUAGCGCGGCAGUGACCUCGGAGUUGAGCGCCAUCUACCGCAAGAUCAAGAAGCUCUUGGAUCGUCGAGCCCAAUACAUGGAGCUGUCCUUGCAGGGACCUGGGAACGAUCCCAGGGACCAGCCAGACUGGGAGAUCUACCCUCCCCCUCCAGAGCCUGCAUGGGAUGAUGGCAAAGAAUAUCAGCCAGGCAAUGCCGGAGGGCCGUCGGAUCUGAAUGGCAAAAAGAGGAAGAUGGGUCAAGAUAUCGGAGAAGACUUCGAUAUGGAUGAAUUGCUGCCUCUGCCAGCAGAAUCCUCUUGGACUUACAGGCUCGAUGGCAACAGUGUCUACCAGGUCUUUGAGUCAGAGGAGGCCGCCAACGAGCAGAAGCCCGUGGUUCAGAUCCCCUCGCUGCGGGAUUUCUACAUGGACUUGGAUGCCGUGGUGGAUGUGUCCACCGAUGGACCUGCCAAGAGCUUCGCAUUUAAGCGACUCUCAUACCUGGAAGGCAAGUUCCAGCUCUACACCCUAUUGAACGAGUAUCAGGAAAUGGCGGACAGCAAGAAGGUUCCCCACAGAGAUUUCUACAACGUCCGAAAAGUCGACACUCACGUUCAUCAUUCCGCUUGCAUGAAUCAGAAACACUUGCUUCGUUUCAUCAAGAGCAAGAUGAGAAAGUCGCCGGACGAGGUUGUUUUGUUCCGUGACGGCAAGCAUUUGACCUUGAAAGAGGUCUUUGAGAGUAUCAACCUUACUGCCUAUGACCUGAGCAUCGAUACAUUGGAUAUGCAUGCACACACGGAUUCGUUCCACCGUUUUGACAAAUUCAAUCUGAAGUAUAACCCAGUUGGGGAGUCUCGACUGCGUGAAAUCUUCCUCAAGACCGACAACUACAUCAAGGGCCGCUAUCUGGCAGAGAUUACCAAAGAGGUGAUCUCCGAUCUAGAAUCCAGCAAAUACCAGAUGGUGGAAUGGCGAAUCUCGAUCUAUGGCCGUUCUCUUCAGGAGUGGGACAAACUUGCAGCCUGGGUAGUCGACAACAAGCUCUUUUCACCGAACGUCCGCUGGUUGAUUCAAGUCCCUCGUCUCUACGACGUGUACAAGUCGAGUGGCAUGAUGGAGAAUUAUGAGCAAGUCAUUGCAAACGUCUUUCAGCCAUUGUUUGAAGUGACGAAGGAUCCCUCCAGCCAUCCUAAACUUCACAUUUUCCUCCAGCGAGUCGUUGGAUUUGACAGUGUAGAUGACGAAAGCAAGCCGGAGCGUCGACUGUACCGAAAGUACCCUAUUCCUCGCGAAUGGAACACCAAACAGAACCCACCUUAUACUUACUGGCUGUACUUCAUGUUCGCCAACAUCGCCUCUCUCAACAACUGGCGCAAGCGCCGAGGAUUCAACACCUUUGUUCUUCGGCCGCAUUGCGGAGAGGCCGGUGACCCAGACCAUUUGGCCGUCGGGUUCUUAUGCUGCCACAGCAUCAGUCACGGAAUCUUGCUGCGCAAGGUUCCACUGUUGCAGUAUCUCUACUAUCUGGAUCAGAUUGGCAUCGCCAUGUCCCCAUUAAGUAACAAUGCCUUAUUCCUGACAUAUGACAAGAAUCCAUGUGCAAGUUUCUUCAAGCGAGGACUCAACGUGUCUUUAUCCACCGAUGAUCCUUUGCAGUUUGCCUUCACUAAGGAGCCUCUGAUUGAGGAAUACUCUGUCGCAGCGCAAAUCUACAAGUUCAGCGCCGUCGACAUGUGUGAACUUGCCAAGCACUCUGUGGAUCAAAGUGGCUUCGAACACUCUCUCAAGGCUAGAUGGCUCGGCUCGGGCUGUUCCCUGCCAGGUGUUUCUGGCAACAAUGUUGCAAAGAGUAAUGUUCCAGACAUUCGCGAGGCCUUCCGACAUGAAACUUUGCUCGGAGAACUGUCCCUGAUCGAGCGAUAUUCUGAAAGCAAUGGGACCGAGGAGCAGGCGUCUUCAGCCGCGGUCCCGGUUUCUGCAAAGCAAACACUAGACAAGGCAGGAGACACAGGAUCUUCAAACGAUUCCACUGUGUCUUACCCGACUACUGAAACCCCUGCGGAUGGCUCGCAGGGUGAGAUUCGGAAGACAGCUCCUACUUCACCUUCUACUCCAUCAACAUUGUUGGCUCGGUCUCCCCAUGUUGCCACUGGCGAGUUUUCCUCUCCUGGCAACAACCCUGCUCUCGGAAACGAGGUCGGUGGAACGGGCGGAUUACCUGAGCAGAAGAUAUUCCCAGGCAUUGUUCAUGAGAGGGCUCGAAAGGGGAACAUGCAUCAAUAG